CAAACCCAAGUGCCUCUUCAUCGACAAGGCCUUGCUGGUAUAAUUCCAUCAUCUCCCUCUCCCUCUCCCACUCCCUCUUCCGUCCAUCAUCUUCGAUCUCUGGAUCCGUCGAUUUGCAACAUGGCUUCCGACUCGACGAGCGCCUCCGGGCCCGUCGCCGCCUCGGCUUUCCCUGAUGGCACCAAAGAUUACAAGCCACUCCGGUCGGGCAAGUAUGACUUGAAAAAGCCACACAUCACCGAAUUCCCCAUCACCUGGGGUAACUGGUACAAGCAUGUUAACUGGCUUAACACUACCUUCAUCAUCUUCAUUCCCCUCCUCGGUAUGGUUAGCACAUACUGGACUCCUCUCCACUGGAAGACCGCCCUCUUUUCCGUGUUCUACUACUUUAAUGCCGGUCUCGGUAUCACAGCCGGUUACCACCGACUUUGGGCUCACAGUUGCUACAAGGCAUCGCUCCCCAUCAAGAUCUAUCUGGCUGCUUGCGGAGCUGCCGCUGUCGAGGGAUCCAUUCGAUGGUGGUCGAGGGAUCACCGUGCUCACCACCGCUACACCGACACCGAGAAGGACCCCUACUCCGUUCGAAAGGGUCUUUUGUACUCUCACAUUGGCUGGAUGGUAAUGAAGCAGAACCCCAAGCGCAUCGGCCGAACCGACAUUUCCGAUCUGAACGACGAUCCCGUUGUCGUCUUCCAGCACACCCACUUCAUCAAGUGCGUGCUUACCAUGGCUCUCAUCGUCCCCACUCUUGUGUGCGGUCUUGGCUGGAACGAUUGGUGGGGUGGAUUCGUCUACGCAGGCAUUCUCCGAAUCUGCUUCGUCCAGCAGGCUACCUUCUGUGUCAACUCUCUCGCUCACUGGCUCGGUGACCAGCCUUUCGACGACCGCAACUCGCCCCGAGACCACGUUAUCACCGCUCUAGUGACUCUUGGUGAAGGCUACCACAACUUCCACCACGAAUUCCCAUCCGACUACCGCAACGGAAUCGAGUGGUGGCAGUAUGACCCUACUAAGUGGUGCAUCUGGUGCUGGAAACAGCUUGGACUCGCCUACGACCUGAAGCAAUUUCGCCAGAACGAGAUCGAGAAGGGUCGUCUCCAGCAGCUACAGAAGAAGCUCGACCAGAAGCGUGCCAAGCUUGACUGGGGUGUUCCUCUUGAACAACUACCUGUUAUUGACUGGGAUGACUACGUUGCUGAAGCCAAGAACGGUAGGGGCCUCGUCGCUGUUGCCGGUGUCAUUCACGAUGUGACCGAUUUCAUCAAGGACCACCCCGGUGGUAAGGCUCUCAUCUCUUCGGCUAUCGGAAAGGAUGCUACCGCUAUCUUCAAUGGUGGAGUGUACGACCACUCCAACGCUGCUCACAACCUCUUAUCUACCAUGCGUGUGGGUGUCCUCCGAGGAGGCUGCGAAGUCGAAAUCUGGAAGCGAUCCCACAUGGAGAACAACAAAGACGCUGCCUUCGUUACCGAUUCAUCCGGCCAGCGAAUCGUUCGUGCCGGUGACCAAGUUACAAGGAUCGCUCAGCCUUUGGCUAGCGCCAAUGCGGCGUAAACUCGAAGCUCCGGGAUUGAGAUCGGCAUGGCACGGUAAUUCGGGGGAUUAUAAUGGGAUUGUCACGGUAUUGCGACGCCUUGUAGCUCUAAGAAUGAUGGUUUGAUGAAAGGUUAUGUACACAAAAAAAGCCGUGGGGCAUAUGUUGAGGCAACUCGUCCUCUGGCGUUUAUGGGAAAUUGGUGAAUGGGAGGCUCACAUAAAGGGCGUUGGCGUAUCACUUAUGAAAGACUGAACGUUGAAUGCUAUGAGAAAGAGUUAUCUUUAGCAGAAAUCAAAUGUCAGAUUGAUUCUUCCUAACUUAUGAUGAUCUGGUCUUUU